UCAGCAAAUGGUAGAAAACGAUAACACAAAAAUCUAGCUUACGAAUAACUAUGGCAUCUACAGAUACUAUAAUACUGGGCAGUAUCAACUAUUAUUGUCGAGCAAGAUUUUACAGGCACCUACAAAACGUGUAUUUGCAAGGUUUGCAGAAGCACGGAGGUGAUCCGGUUUUGACAUUUUGGAAAGCAUUUGGAAUACUGAUGGAAGAUCGUGUGUCAGAAGCCAUUAGAGAAUUUGAAUCCAUCCAAGAAAGUGAAGAAGUUGUCCUUUGCUGUUUGAUGGCAUUAAUCUAUGCACAUAAAAAGGCACAAUUAAUUGACAAGGAAAGUGUACAUGAAUUGGAAACAAGAUUGAAAAAGAUUCGAACAAGUGUUGGUGAGAAUGCGCUAUACUUUGGUGCAAUGUUUUUGUGGCACACAGGACGUCAUGAAAAGCAAGAGAAUAUGUUGACAGAAUGUUGA